AUGCUGGAACGGACGGGAAUGCUCAGCAUCUACACCAUGCCGAGACAAAUGCAGCUGCGCUGGAGCGGCCAUCUGGUGCGCAUGGACGACGAGCGACUACCCAAACGACCCUUCUACGGAGACGUCGCGACGGGUUCUCGCCGACAAGCUGGUCAAGUCUGGCACAGCAAGGAUACCCUGAAGACAUCCCCUAAACGUCUGCAGACCAACCCGGCCACCCGGGAAGACUUCACACGGAACCGACCGACCUGGUGCUGA